UGGAGCCUGGCCGGCUGGUCGGUGUCCCGGGAGCGCAGCGCAGCGGAGCGCGAGAGCGAGAGCGAGAGAGAGCGGAGGGGCCGCGGACGGAGAGAGGCCAGCAAGAUGGGGGACCCGGGUCGGCCACAGCGGAAGAUGUCGCGGGCCGGGGAGAGCCUAUAUCGUGUCCUGGGGCUGGAGAAGGGGGCCUCCGCAGAAGACAUCAAGAAGGCCUACAGGAAGCUGGCUCUGAAGUACCACCCGGACAAGAACCCCGACAAUCCGGAAGCUGCCGAGAAGUUCAAGGAGAUCAACAACGCCAACACGACACUCAGCGACGAGACGAAGCGCCGGAUCUACGACGAGUACGGCUCCAUGGGGCUGUACGUGUCCGAGCAGUUUGGGGAGGAGAGCGUGAAGUACUACUUCCUCAUGUCCAAGUGGUGGUUCAAGCCGCUGAUGGUGUGCUGCGGCCUCCUCACUUGCUGCUGCUGCUGCUGCUGCUGUUGCUUCUGCUGUGGGAAGUGCCACCCGCCCGAGGACGAGGAGUCCUACAAGUACGUCAACCCCGAAGACCUGGAGGCCCAGAUCCGUGCCGAGGAUGAUGGCGUCGGAGCCAUCCGCAUGCAGCCUACCAGCAGCGCCUCAGUGCACACCACAGACGAGGCUCCGCCCCGCAAGCCGUGACCCCGGUUCGGCUGCCGGUCACAGCACGACCCCCCCACCUUCUGCAGCCAUUCCACAGCCCCCCUCCCUGGCCCGGACUGCUGAGGAAGGGCUGCCAUUGGACUCUGGGCAGGCAGCCCCCCGCCCUGGAAUUGUGAUGCCCCCAAUCUGCGGGGGUGCCCAGCGUCGUGCGUCUUCUCAGGGAACCCGGGCAUGGGCUUGCCCCGACCUCACCAGGCGCUGGCUCCAGAGCGAGAAGGGGUCGGCCUCCUCUGGCGGGGAGAGGGGGCGUCUCGGCCCCCGCUGCCUCGGCAGCAGCAGCAGCAGCGGACUCUCUCCGCCGGGCCAGAGGCUCCUUAGCCAGCUCAGUGGCAGGAGGGAGAGAAGAUGGCGGAGAGUCGCCAGUCAGCAGCUUCCCCUCCACCACCACCACUUCCAACCCCCGCCCAGUUUCUCUUCCUCAGCCUCAGCAGACGCCCCCUGGGACAUGAGCCGGCCGGGCACUGCCCACUGCUGGGGCCUGGCCCAUCAAAGACCGGCAGGUGGGGUGGGGCUUGGGGUGGGGACGCCUGGGCCUCUGACUCCAGAGCCGCCCUGCUGUGAUCAUCCCUGGGGGGCUGGCCCAGCCCCUCCAGUCCCGUGCGUUGGUGCCAAACUGCGUAGGAGGAAGUGGUGGCCAGAGCAGCAGGUCCGGGAGCGCUGGCCGGUUCGGGGGCUCGCCCCCCUGCCCCCCACCCC